AUGAGUGGAAGUGAACCAAACCCUUUUUCUCCUAGAACUGUUUUUCUUAUGGAUCACUUAACAAAAGUGUUGAAUACUCAAAUGAAUGCUUUGAGAGAAGAGUUUGUGACUCAAAGAGAUAGGAUAUCUCCUCAUGGAAGAUCUUCUCAAAAUGAAGAUGAAGAUUGUCAUGGAAAUGAGAGGAGGAACCAAAGACAUGAUGAUACAUAUGUCGGUGGCAAAAUUAAGUUCCCUUCAUUUCAUGGAAAAAGUGAUCCGGAAGCAUAUCUUGAUUGGGAGCUUAAGAUAGAUCAAUUGUUUGAAGCUCACGAUAUUAGAGAAGAUAUGAGAGUUAAGUUGGUUACAUUAGAGUUUAAGGAUCAUGCUUUACUUUGGUGGGACCAAAAUGUCAAGGAAAGGAAGAGAUGUGGUGCUAGGCAACUAGAUGAUUGGGAUGAAUUAAAAGCACUUUUGAGGAAGAGGUAUGUACCAUCACAUUAUCAAAGGGAGCUACAUCAAAAACUACAAAGGUUGAAACAAGGCUCCAAGAGUGUGGAGGAUUAUUAUAAGGAUUUUGAGACUUUGAUAAUUCGCUCCAACAUUAGAGAGGAUGACGAUGCCAUAAUAGCUAGGUUCUUGGAUGGCCUAAGCUAUGAGAUUAGAGAUGUGGAGCUUGUUCAUAAGUCAUCUACCAUUGAACAACAAUUGAAGAGAAAAAGUACUUAUAAAAAGUAUUCAUCAAACAAAGACUCCUCACAUUGGAACAAACAUAAAAGAGAUGGUGAUUCUCCCUUGGCUUCGGCCAAAGAAGGUAAGUCUUCUAAACCUAAAGCUCAAAUUCCUAGUUCUUCUUCUCAUUCUUCAAUUAAAUGUUUUAAAUGCUUAGGAAGAGGUCACAUAGCAUCUAAUUGUCCAAAUAAAAAGUCUAUGAUUGCAAAGGCCAAAGAGGUAUAUGAAAGUGAUUCUUCCUUUUAUUCUUACUCUUCACAAUCAUCCCCAAGUGAACUAGGGAGUGACUAUCAAUUGGCUCCCGUUGAAGGAGAUCUUCUCAUGGUUAGAAGACUCUUAGGAGUCCAAGUUAAGGAUGAUGAUUCUCAAAAAGAAAAUAUUUUUCAUACUAGAUGUCUUCUUGAUGGAAAAGUUUGCUCUUUGGUAGUUGAUAGUGGUAGUUGUACCAAUGUGGCUAGCACUAGAUUAGUCACAAAACUUGGCUUGAAAACCAUUAAACAUCCGAGGCCAUAUAAGCUUCAAUGGCUAAAGGACGAUGUUGAUAUUUUGGUGGAUAAACAAGUUUUGUUUGAUGAUGUGUUCCCUAAAGAACUUCCUCAUGGCCUACCUCCUCUUAGAGGCAUAGAGCACCACAUUGACUUGAUUCCUAGUGCUUCUUUGCCUAAUAGGCCUCCUUAUAGAAGUAAUCCGGAACAAACUAAAGAAAUUGAAAGACAAGUCCACAAAAUUUUGGAAAAUGGUUGGGUUCAAGAGAGCCUUAGUCCUUGUGCCAUGCCGGUAAUCUUAGUACCAAAGAAAGAUGGCACAUGGCGCAUGUGCACCGAUUGUCGUGUAUUUUCCAAAAUUGCAUGGUGCAUGUGUAUUUUCCAAAAUUGA